AUGGACAGCCCAUUCAACCAGGGCUUCGGGCGCGGCCAGUCUCCCACCUCGCCGCAAACCCCAGGCGGCGCCGGCGCCUACCAGGUCAAUGUGAACCGGACCAAGACCAGAAAAUGGGUUGAAGCAAAGGUCCAGAGCUACGACGGCGAUGACUGGGGCGCCGACGAGUACGACGAAGACGACGACGAGCCCGAGCCCGCACCCCCCGUUCCGCCGGCGAAGCAUGAUGCUCCUCCGCCGCCUACAACCCACCCAGAGCACCAUGCAUCUCCCGCGCCUUUCGCAGUGCCGUCUGCCACUGGCGGCCUACCGUCGCUUCAGACACUGCACACCCCGGCGACCGGCCCGUCGACCCACCAGUCUCGCCCGGCAGGCGUCACGUCGCCCGUCGUGUCAGACCCGUCCAGCCUCGGCAGCCCAGUCGAUCGCGACAGAGUAGUCUCUCCACAGUCCACCAUCGCUGGUGCUUCGAUUGCAUCGAACACACAGCCUUCCGAGGCUGCUGCGGACAAGACGUCGAUUGGGCAGCCCUCCGACACGAGUCGCUCCGUGGGCGAGGCCAAAGAAUCGGGUCCGAAGCCUGCCGACGAAAUGCGACUCGCCGAGGCAAAGGCAUCUGAUCGCCACGAUACCGUUGAUGAAGGGGGCGAAUCCCAAGUAAAGAACGGCGUUGGUCCUGGGUUUGACGAGAGCGACCGUCGCCGCUUUUCUGUCAGCCCCAAGCUGCCAGCAGUCGCCCAGAAAGACAGCGACGUCUCGUCGCUGGCAUCGCCAACCUGUUUCGCCCAGUACGAUGUCGAGUCGACCAAGCCCAAGGCCGCGGCCCCCGUGUCACCGCCUGUUGUCGAAGAAACACCAAUCAUUCUGACCGAGCCCGUGCAGGCACCGGCGGAUCACCAGUCCGGCGACAUUGUUGAGGCGUCUGCGGGCGACAAGUCAACCAUUGCUGACGUGGAUAGGCCGAGCAGCGUCAAAUCUGCUGCAGGCGACACGCGCAAGGCUGACGUCGGUGAAUCCCCCGCUGCGCUUCCCGUACCGCAGGCCGCGACCGAAUCAACCGACGGGCCGGGCAUUUCGCCUGUCUCGGAGCCAGGCGUGGGGCCUCACAGCAUCAUUGGCUCGUCAAUCUCUGAGCCACCAGAGCUCAGACCCGAGGGUGGCCUCUCUACCAUUCCUCCCUUGAGAACACCCAGCCCCCGUGCGCCUACAGAUAGUCCGACCGAGCAAGCUCGACAGGAACCAUCGGAGGCAGUGCAGCCGAUCACGGUUGGGAACGCUCAGCCUGACCUCGAGCUAGACGGCAGCCCACUGCUUCGGCAGAGCACGCUCAGCACCGUGAACGAGUCACCCAUGAAAGACAACGACGCGCUGAGCGAAGAAAUUCUCAGGUCACUCAGCCCUACGCGCUCGGGUCCAGCAGACGCCGUGCUUGGCGGCGACGCCUCGAAGCUGCAACCUGGCGAACGGAACGUGGCAAGGGAGAGCAGCUACACCCUCAAGGACUAUGACAGCUACUGGGCAGACACGUCGAAACCUGAGCCCAUUCCUGAACGUGAACCGCCCACGGAGACCGAGCAGCCGGUUCCCGACGCAAAGAUCUCGCCAACCGGUCCACCUGAGGCGGCCAAAGCAGAGGUCCAGGCCACGUCACCGCGCGAGCCCGGACUGAGGCGCAAGUUUUCAUGGGAGGCUGAUGAGACGGAACAGGCCAAGUCACCUGCUCUUGCUCCCGCUCCCGCCACCGCUCCCGAAGUUGUUCGCUCACCUGCCGCCGCAACUGUGGCUGCUGCGGGCGACAUCUCGACAGCGGAAGUGUCUCAGAUGCAAGAAAGGGAUGCCAGCUCGGUUGCCGCCGUCGCAGCGCAGCAGCACCAAGAGCCUGAGCCACCUUCACCCGUGUCUACCAGCGACGAGCAAGCCCGCCUAAGCAAGAGAUUGUCUCUAGCAGACGAAAAGGCUGUGUCGCAGCUUGCCCCUACCCCUCCUCCGGAGCCUCACCCGGCGACUGCAGGUCCGUCGACAGCCGACGACGUCAUGGCGGUGCAAGAAGCAUCGACGCAACCGCAGCAGCAAACCCAGGUCAUGACCUUUCGCGAGAUCAUGGGCUUGUCGAGCUCGACAGACAGGAUCAACAAGUACAACGAGACGCGCGAAUAUUUCGCCGCAAACGACUCGGGGCUGGAUAACUGGUUGGUCACCCUCAAGGACCAGCACCCAGAGUACGCCAACGGCGCCGUGCCGUACGGUGCGACCGCCGGUCGACAGUCGGCGCCAGGCUCGUCCAGCGCAUCUCCCGUAGGAACGCAGCCUCCGUCCCAGCAACCCUACUACCAGCAGUACCUCAAUGCUAGCUCCCCGACGGCGGCCGGCCCUUCGCCGACGUCGCGCUCUCGGCUCGGUGGCCUGCAGAUGCCCUCGCAAGGAAGCGGCAGCGCGUUUGGGCACUCGGGCAACCAAAUAGGGACUAAGAGCAAGGAGUUUAUGCACUCGGCUGGCAAGAUGGGCAAGGGUUUGCUGAGCAAGGGCAAGAGCAAGUUGCGCGCGAGCGGGGACAAGGACGAAGCCAGCGCCAGCCCUGCCCCAGCCCAGGAAGCGAAGCCCAAAAGUGAGAAGCGCAUGUCCUGGGGGCUCGCCCUCGGGGCGCGCUCUCGUACGGAUGGGCCGGCCCCACCGGCCGACACGGGCGCCGACACGGGCUCCAACACGGACAAUGCGCCGUCGGUCGCUCCGCAGAUCCCUCAGCCCACGCCAAUGUCACCGCUCCAUCACUCGAGUCCACCCGGGCAGACGCCGCCGUGGGGCGUCGUCCAGCCGCAGGCGUCAAUGGGCCACGGCCAGCACCAUCCACCGCAGUCGCCCCACCCGGUUGGGCCCGGAAGCCGGGCCACGGCCGGUCUAAGCAAGCUGGAGAUACCUCCGGGAGGCCAACCGGUGACGGGCGAGCCGGCCAGGGGUUGGCAAGUGGUUGACGCUCAGUCAGCGGCCGCCAAGCCAACACAGCCCGACCAGAGGACCGCCGAAGGCCGGCCGUCGGACGACUGGGUCGUCGUGCCGCGGGACUCCGGGGACCACCCCAUCGGAUUCGCCGGGGUUCGAGAGGCCCCCGUACCUGCUCCGCCCGUUCCUCAAGACAGCGGCGUGGCUCUUCAGCCCGAGGCUCCGGCCAACGACAGCGCGCCGCAGCGCAAGACCUCCUUCAUCGGCCUGCCACCGAUCCGGCGGACCUCGACAUUUGGGCUCACGACCAAGGCGAAGAGAGCCAGCGAACGCUUUUCCUUAGAUGAUGAUGACGACGACGUUCCUGGAGGUGCUGCGGUGGAAGGCGGCGCCGCAUCGGAGCCGCCUGUCGACCUCGACAAGUCACUGCCGCCGCCGCCGCCGCCUGUUGACCAAGGAGCAGCACCAGUCAAACCAGAGACGCACACGAGUGCGAGCGCCCCCGCUCCGCAGGCCGAGGUGGCAGACGGGACCGGGACCCAGAGGACUCAGGGUACCGAUACGCAAAGGACACUCGUCGACACCAACGCAUCGGGCCCGCCACCCGCGGCGAAGGAGGAUGCGCAGUUCCAGGAGUAUCCUGCUCCACAGUCGGCGCCUCGACCUGCGCCUCAGCAGACAAUGGCGCCACCAAAGUCGCCAAUGAUGACCAAGGCGCAUCAGAUGUUUCCUCAAGGCAACUGGUCCUUGGAGGAAAGCCACUUGGCCGAACCGCUGCAUGAGAGAACGAGGAACCGUGCCGGCACUGCCGGCUCUCAACACACGCCGACGUUCGGGUUCGAAAAGGAAACGGGCAUGACGAUGCCGCCCCCCCAGCGGCAAAGGACCUCGGACGUGCCGCCAUCGUCUGCACAGCGAUGGCCGGAACUGUUCCAGCGCCGCCCGGAAUACGAGGGCCAGCGCCCGCGGGCGAAUUCGGGAGCCGGACGGCCUUAUCCGCAGCAGCAACAGAUGCUGAUCGCGCGAGCAGAGGUGGUGAACCCAAGGCCACAGACAAGCGAGUUCGCCAUCGCAGGCGUGGGCCCUCCAGAGGAAGAGCGUGGCCGAAGCAAGCGCAAUUCUGGCAUGUUCAAGGGAAUCGGCGAUCGGAUCUCGAGGGCGACAUCGAGAGAGCGACGGCCUUCGCUCGCGGGCCAUCGUCCUGCACAGCCCGGCGAAGUUCGUGGCGACGAAGUCUCUGAGAAUAGUGUCGCCACAAGUGACGUCCAAGAGUCGAGGAAACGGCGCCCUAGCUUCAUGUUUGGACGGAGCGGCCGCCCUUCUAUGGACCAAAGCUCCCUGCGUAACGAGAGCAUCAACGGGCCGGACCAAGCGGGACCCCGUGGCCCCGACACUCCUCCGCCUCAGGCGGAGCGCCGACGCUCGUUCUUCGGCGCGGGUGUUGGUGGCAAGCUGGCAUCGGGACAAUCGCCCAGCUCCAGCGUCGCGAAUGAUUCUAGCAGUGCGAUCGCUGCCACUGCCGAAGACGGGACGCCCAAGAAGAAGCGGUUUUCCAACCUUGCCAAGGUGUCCGGCAUCAAGGAAAUAUUCCAUCGCCCUGGCCACAACGAGAAAUCAAAGGACCAAAAUGUUGAGGCGCCUGUGGCCGGCGGUCACCCACAGGGACCUGGAGUGAUGGCGCCGCCCGCCGCACCCUUCCCGGGUGACGCGCGUAGGGGCAGCGCGGCAAACAACUCGCACGACUUGCCGCCGCCGCAACCUGUAGUGGCGGAAGGGGGCCUUGAGAGACGCGGCCGCAGGGGGUCGGCCUCGAAUCUCUUCUCAGCAUUCGCGGGACGGAGAUCUGCCUCCAAGACCCGGCAGCAAGGAGAUGUCCCUGGCCACAAUCAGCCAGUAGUCAGCCAGCAACAAGUACAACAUCCACAUGGCAUGGCUGGGUCUCUGCCGCCAUCUGGCACUAUGUCUCCCGCGCCGUCGGGCAUAAUGGGUUCUACGCCUCCUCCCAAACCCCAAGUCAGGGCAUCCAUGGACAACACCCGGACUCCCCAGCCGAGCGGCGGCCACGCUCAGUACGGACAGCAACCGCGCCCGUCGCCACUGGGUCCAGGGUCACCGCCCGCCCGUGGCGGCUCUCCUACAGCAGUCAGAGCACAGGACCUUGCGCAGACAGACAAGCCGGUGUCAUUGCACUCGCGCAAGCCCUCAACGCCCCAGAUGUCGCAGAGGGAGGUCGUUUCGUCCGAGACAGACCGCCAAGGGCCAUUGGCCGGUAUUGGCGCUCAACACGAUGCCGACGUCGAGCUCUUACGAACAGCGACGGUCUCACCAAACCUGUCCAUUGCAUCAGAUGGCAAAGCCGAGCAGCAGUCCAUACAAACACGGAGCGAGAGCGGCAGGAUGGGGACACCGCGGCAGUCGACUGCCACGGUUGGCGGCGACUCAUCAGCUCCUCCAGGAGCCCAUACAUCUCGGCCAGACGUUCCCAUGGGAAUGCCGCGUGAAAGGGUGAGCGCGGAGCGCACGCCUCUCGGCAUUGCCAAUGCACAACGUUCGCCAGGCAGCGACAGAGGACCGCACUCACGCAACAACAGCAAAGACUUUGCAGCGGGCGGUACUCAGUUGAAGCAGGCGUCUCCAACACCGCAGGGUCCGCAGCUGGGCCCUUCGAGCAGUCCGCAACCCCACCCAGCUCAUCAUGCUCAGGGGCGUCCACCUGUAGGACUUGGUCUGCGCCAGCAUGCGCAACAGAUGCAGCCCCAGCGUAUGCCGCCGCCGCAGAUGCAGCCGCAGAUGCAGCGACAGGGACAAGCAGCGCCGGGCGGACAGCAACAACUUCUCAUGCAGCCGCAUGCGGCACCCGCUGGAAACAGGCUGCCUGCGCCCCCAAGCCAGCAAGACCAGGGCAACCAGGCGACUUCCCGGUGGAAGGGCUUGAAGAGCCGCGUGUCAGGCCAGAUGGCGCAGAUGGCGCCACAGAAUCAACCCAAGCAGGAGAAGCAAGAAAAGGGUGACAAGGGUGACCGGCUGUCUGGCUCGAAGCUGCUUGGCGCGUUCAAGCGCGGAUCAAGACAAUCCGAGCCCGCUGGACAGCCAGGCCCCCAGUGGCAGCCAGUCGUUCAGUCUCAGCCGGAUCAGUUCCAGCCGAGGCCUACGCAGCUUCAUCCGACGGCGAACGGCCCAUCCCGAGGCUCGGUCCCGUUGGGCCAGGCCGCCGGCCCGGUGCCUCAGCAAAUGCCGCAUCAGAGGCACGUGUCCAUGCCAACACAGCGUCCCAUCCAGCGUCCCAUCCAGCAGCCUGGCCCUCAGCCGGUCCAGCAGCCUGUACAGCAGCCCGUACAGCAGCAUCCAUUCGUGCCGCAACAGGAGCCCGUCUAUGACCAGGUACCGAUUCCCCAGGGUUAUAGCACGGUCCGAGGCGAGGGCAUGGUCGCGCCUUCGCCAUACAACAUUCCGCGACACAUGUCGCAGGGGCACUACCAGCAGCAGCAGCAACAGCAGCAGCAGAUGAACCCGGCACAGGGACCGCCGCGGCAGUCUCCGCCAGUCGGCCAGGCAGUGUUCCCGAGGCGGGCUUCGGCGCAGUCGCCUCCCUUGGGGUCCUCGCCGUCACCGCCAUCCACUAUCGAUCGGCGCGAGAGCGUGGGCAUAAGUGACGUGCUGGCGCACCAGCCAAGCACCAACUCGCUUGCGGCUGGUGGUGGCCGACCAGAUGACGCUGCAGGAAACCAGCAAGGCUACUUGCAGCCCAAGGCGAGUGAGCACUCUGUCGCCGGGCACUCGAGCGACGGCAGCCACAUGUCGGUCGACGGAGCCGCCGUAUCGCAACAGUCCAAGUCGCCCGAGCUGAGCGUGCCAGACAAGAGUGGGCCACGCAACGCCGACCUGGGCAUCGACGUCGACAAGGCCAAGAAGCUCGCAGAGGACAACACUUACGACGCGACGCCGCGCCUGAACAACACGAGCACGGCGGGGAGCCAGAAGCAGAGGCCGGCCCAGAUGUCCCGAACGGUGUCGGGGGAGACGAUCGACUCGCUGGGCGAGGUCAAGCAGCACGCCAUCGUGGUCCACGACGCCGGCGGCGAGGAAGCGGCGGCGGCGGCGGCAGAGCUGGACGACACGGCGGACCGAUACGAGCGCAGCCGGCGUCUCGAAUCGCAGGAGGAGAAGAUCCUGUACAAGCCCGAGGACGCGGAGGACUUUGCGCCGCAGAUGAGCGCGACGAGCUAUCCCGGGCAGGAGUGGAACCCGUACGGCGAGCCUGGGUUCGGGGAGUGGAAGGACGAGUAG